GUACGGUACAGUUAAAAACAAGCGUCCGGACGCCGCAGCGAGCCAAACGGUGGAUAAUAAGUGUUUUCUCCCGAGCCUGUCCUGUUUUUGUCCCGCUGAGAGGAGAAGAUGACGCAGUGGUGCCAGCUUCAGCAGCUGGACGCAAAGUACCUGGAGCAGGUGGACCAGCUGUAUGAUGAUUCAUUCCCCAUGGACAUCCGGCAGUACCUCAGCAAGUGGAUUGAAACCAUCGACUGGGACACAGUAGCGAUGCAGAGCUCCCUGGCUACGGUCCGGUUCCACGACCUCCUGGUCCAGUUGGAUGAGCAGCAGAGCCGCUUCACCCUGGAAAACAACUUUCUGCUUCAGCACAACAUCCGCAAGAUCAAGAGGAACCUGCAGGACCGAUUCCAGGAGGAUCCAGUCCACAUGGCCAUGAUCAUCUCCAGGAAUCUCAGGGAGGAGCAGAAGAUUCUGGCGAUGGUUAAAAUUGCAGAGCCGGAGGGGGAGAGCACUAUGUCGGCCAUGGUGGUGGAGAAGCAGAAGUUGGACAACAGAGUGAAGGAAAUGAAGAAUAAAGUCCAGGCGACAGAUCACAACAUCAAGAGUGUUGAAGAUCUGCAGGAUGAGUAUAACUUCAAACUCAACACGCUGAAAAACAGAGAACACGAAAUGAACGGCAUGGUAGCCAAAGAGUUGGAGAAAGAGAGGAUGAUACUCGGAAAAAUGUGUUUCGAUCUCAAAUACAAGCGACAGGAAGUAGUGAGCCAGCUGGCAGAGGUCCUGAACGUGACCCAUGCCCUGCUGUCGGACCUGAUCUCAGAGGAGCUGCCGGAGUGGAAGCGGCGGCAGCAGAUCGCCUGUAUCGGCGGCCCACCUAACACCUGUCUGGACCAGCUGCAGAGCUGGUUCACGGCGGUAGCAGAGACGCUGCAGCAGGUGCGGCAGCAGCUGAAGAAGUUGCAGGAGUUGGAGCAGAAGUUCACGUACGAGAACGACCCCAUCACGCAGGAGAAAGGCAUGCUGGAGGGCCGAGCCCUGGAGCUCUUCAAGCACUUGCUCACAAACUCCAUAGUGGUGGAGAGACAGCCCUGUAUGCCCACCCACCCGCAACGCCCCCUGGUGUUAAAAACAGGCGUUCAGUUUACUGUUAAACUACGAUUCUUGGUGAAGCUGCAGGAGUUGAACUACCAGCUCAAGGUCAAGGCUUUGUUUGACAAAGAUGUGACCGAAAAGAAAGGGUUUCGAAAGUUUAACAUUUUGGGGACAAACACCAAAGUCAUGAACAUGGAGGAGUCGAACGGCAGCCUGGCGGCAGAGUUUCGGCAUUUGCAACUAAAAGAGCAGAAAGUGGCCGGCAACCGAACAAAUGAGGGUCCCCUCAUCGUCACAGAGGAGCUCCACUCCAUCUGCUUUGAAUCUCAGCUGCAGCUCCCUCAGGUCGGGCUGGACAUUAACCUGGAGACCAUGUCUCUGCCCGUGGUGGUCAUCUCCAACGUCAGCCAGCUGCCCAGCGGCUGGGCCUCCAUCCUCUGGUACAACAUGCUGACCAGCGAACUUAAGAAUUUGAAGUUCUUCCUGUCGCCCCCAUCAGCCACCUGGGGUCAGCUCUCCGAGGUCCUGAGCUGGCAGUUUUCCUCCGUCACUCAGAGAGGACUCAACGAGGAACAGCUCAACAUGUUGGCAGACAAACUGCUCGGCCAGAAAGCCCAGAGGAGCCCAGAAGGACUCAUCCCUUGGACCAAGUUCUGCAAGAGCAUAAACGAGAAGAGCUUCCCGUUCUGGCUGUGGAUCGAGGGAAUCCUGGACCUGAUCAAACGACACCUGCUCUCCUUGUGGAACGACGGCUCCAUCAUGGGCUUCAUCAGUAAAGAGAGGGAAAAGGAGUUGCUUAGCGACAAGUGUCCUGGCACCUUCCUGUUGAGGUUCAGCGAGAGCAGCAGAGAGGGCGCCAUCACCUUCACCUGGGUGGAGCUCGACGUCCACAAUAAGGCAAUAUAUCAUUCUGUGGAGCCGUACACAAAGAGAGAGCUGACCGCCGUCUCUCUGCCGGACAUCAUCAGAACCUACAAGGUCAUGGCCGCUGAAAAUAUCCCGGAGAACCCCCUCCGCUUCCUGUACCCCAAAAUCCCCAAAGACAAGGCAUUCGCGAAGUACUACCCCAAGCCCUCGGAAGUUUCCGAGCCCAUGGAUGUGGAGAACAUAGUGAAGAGCGGCUACAUGAAGACUGAGCUCAUAUCGGUGUCCGAGGUCCAUCCGUCAAGACUUCAAGAUAACAUGAUGCCCAUGUCUCCCGAUGACUACAAGGUCUUGGAACAGUUUGUCAGCCCCAAUGAUAUCGAUGCUGUGAUGAGUGUGGAAUUUCAAGAUGGAAAUCUCACCGAAAACUGAACCCUGUGUGUGACGCAGGUUUCAUGUGAAUUGGGAUUCAUGUUUGUCUGGUAUUUUGUUCCAGCUUCGUAUCUCGCAGAGAGAAAGCAGUAUAGAUUGUUGAAAAGAUGUGGCCUGUGCUCAGUGUGAUGCGUUAACGGCCGUCUCGGCCUGUAACUGUAGCUUUACAUGAAAAACCUUGUUCACUAAAAAUACGCGAUCACAGUGUAUUAUAGCUUCAUACAGUGUCGUAUUGUAUGGAAAUGAAAAUCCUCCUAUUAUGGUUUUCUGCAACUGUCAGGAUGUUUUUAUUGUCUUAGCUAAUCACAGGUGUGUGUCAGUAUUUUCCUUUUACAUGAGUAUACAAGCUGCUUUUGAUUUUUUUUUUGAUUUUUUGAUUUUUUUUAAGGAAUGCACCCACCCUCAGCAACUGUGAAAUCGGCUGCUAGAGUUGUCUUUCAGAAUCAGAAUCAGGAAUUAUUUUAUUGCCAUGUGCGUUACAUGCAAUAACAAUUUAGACUGGCAUUGCUGGGACAAUUACGACUGCAAGAAAAAAAAAUUAUUUAUACAUGAAACAGACCUAGAAAAAUAUAAACAGCAAAAAGUAAGUCCAAGUAUAGUUUUAUAUACUGACCAACUCCGCUACUGAUGAGAGUCCCGAAACCAAACUCGUCAAAAUGAUUUGCUGCCAUGCUUAUUUGGUCUUUGUUGUGCCAACCUGACGCCGCUGUGCAGUGAUCUCUGACCUGAGCCGGUGGCCCACUUUACCGUGGCAUGUAGACCGGUUUAAAGUGCCACAGGUAAACACCCAACCUCUUCGUUACUUUAAACUUUGGCCUCAUCUCGAUUCUUUUCAAGGGUGCUGACCUAAUUUUCAUCCACCCCGUCUUUUAGUUCUGCUGGUAGUGGGGUGGUGGAACUGUUGCUCAAGGCCAUUGACGCUCUGCUCCAACAUACGAGGACUUACUCAACUUUAUAUUUAACAACGGCUAGAGAGGCAGGUGUCUUUUGUGAGGUUUAAGGGGGACACGACGCAAACCGUGGUUUAUCUCACUUUGAUACUUCAUUUCUAUCUGUAUACUAUUGUGAAUGUGGAGAAAAAAAAGCCCCAAUAAAGCACCGAUAAGCUGUUCUGCC